AUGUUCGAGGGCCUGAUUCCUGACCUUACACCCUGGGACAUCCUUGACACUACUGCUUUCCUGUCCCCGCCCCGCGACUCGGCAGCGCUAGUUCCCAGUGACAAUGCCCACGUAUAUCUUCCUGAUUUGAUGAAUGAGAUUCCCAGCUCGCUGUCGCUCCCCAGGUCCACUGUAGAAUCUCCCGCGGCAGCGCUGGCAAACCACAGCAUGGAGUUCAUCUUCCGCGUUCUUCGAUCCUGGCCUAGAAUGCUUGCUGAGGGUUUCCAGACGCCGCCAUUCAUGCACCACAGCCAUAUCGCCGACACCAAAUCCCUGCCCCAGCCCCUUGCCACCUGCUUCACCCUUGUCAAAAUGUGGCACGGCCAAUGCAAAGGCGCCGAAGACAUGGUCCACCAGCUAGUUAUAAAGGAAGUAAACAACCUCUUAACCAAGCCCACCGACCUCGACGAACCCUCCCUCCUCACAACCCUCCAAGCGGUACUAAUCUACCUAACAAUCCUCCUCUUCCCCAGCGAAACCUCCCAACCAACCCUCCCCCCAACCCCUCUCCUCCUCAAAGUCCAAGACCUGGGCACCCUCGCCGCAAACACAGGCAUGUUCCUCCAAGAAGAAAGAGAAGCACUGCGUCCCUCCUGGUCCACCUGGAUCCACAUAACCUCCAAGCGCCGCGCCGUUCUAUCCCUGUACCUCCUCCGCUGGGCCCUAUCCGUAUUCCACAACGCCCCGCUACUAGAUUGCCGCGAGGUCGGCUUCAUGCCUGCCCCCGCGGCGAAAGCACUAUGGCAGGCACAGUCAGAGCAGGAGUGGAAUUCGUUGUAUAUUCGCUGGCUUGCGAGGUGGGAUGGGCAUGGGUAUCUCCAGGGGGAAUUUGAUCGGAUUCGACCGGGGAUUGGGAUGGAGGAUCGCGCGGAGAGGUGGCUCGAGGAGGCGGAUGAGUUUGGGUUGAUUAUGAUAUCUAUCGUAAAUGCGACGGACUACCCUCCACCUGCAUUUGCGGUCCAGUAG